ACGAAAAAUUAAAAACAAAACCCUUAUGGCGGUGUUUCGAUGACGUGUGUCCAAGUUUCUCGUUAACAAUAAACGUAUUAAAUAAUUUAAAUAGCUUAUUAUUAUUUAAAUAACUCACCAAGCAACAGCAAUACCUCCGGAAGUUCAAUUACGUAAAUAAAUAACUCUUAAAUAAUGUUAAAAUAUAUAUAUUCUGUAAUUACAUGGGCACUUAUUGCCAACUCAGUGUCGGGACUUUAUUUUCACAUCGGCGAGACUGAACGUAAAUGUUUUAUCGAAGAAAUUCCCGAUGAAACAACUGUCUUAGUUCAUUACAAAGUCGAAUUAUUCGACCCAAGAUCCGGCGGUUAUAUGCCAAGUAGCCCAGGCAUUGGCAUGCAUGUCGAAGUCCGUGAUCCAGAUGACAAAGUUAUUUUGUCACGAGUGUACAGUUUUGAAGGACGUAUUUCAUUCACAUCACAAACUCCUGGUGAACAUGUCAUCUGUUUGUAUUCAAAUAGUACCGCCUGGUUCAGUGGUACACAGCUGAGAGUACAUUUAGACAUCCAAGUUGGUGAUCAUGCGAUUGAUUACGCGAAUCUAGCACAGAAAGAAAAAUUAUCUAAAUUGCAACUAAGAAUAAGACAACUGCUGGAUCAAGUUGAACAGAUAACUAAAGAGCAGAAUUAUCAACGGUACCGCGAGGAAAGAUUCAGACAAACAUCUGAGAGUACCAACAGUCGAGUCCUUUGGUGGUCCAUCACUCAGACAGUUGUGCUCCUGAUAAUGGGCGCCUGGCAAAUGAAACAUCUCAAGAGUUUCUUCGAAGCCAAAAAACUUGUCUAAUUUAUUUUUACUGUCAAUUUAUUAUUAAUUAAUCAAUUAUUAUUUCGCAGCGUAAUUUUAAAAUUUGAAUAAAAUUCAAAUAAUCUCCAGUAACGUUUAUUAAUUUAUUGAUAAUUAAUUAUUGCCAUAUUUGCAAGUAUAAUUAUUUAUUAAUAAUUAAUGUUACUUUAAUUAUUAUUUUUUUCAAUUUUUCGCGGGUUAUUUAAAAUUGUACAGAUUCAGUAAACUUGACGUAUAUUUUUAAUUUUAAAUAUUUGUAAGCAUUCUUAUAAAUAAAAUAGUUAAUAAAUUUGGAAAAUUUA